AUGGCCAUGGAUGCACAAGAUGAGGAGAGGCCGCUGAUCCAUCACCUGCCACUACAGGACGAAACUUCUGAAUUCACUAGCGACGGGACGGUUGAUAUUAGCAAUCUGCCUGCCCGGAAGCAGAGAACUGGGAAUUGGACAGCAUGCUUCUGUAUUUUAGGUGCUGAAUUCGCUGAAUGUGUGGCCUUCUUCGCAAUCUCAAAGAACUUGGUCACUUACCUCACGGGUGUUCUCCACGAGAGCAACGUCGAUGCUGCGACGACUGUGUCCACCUGGAUUGGGACUGCAUUCUUCACGCCGCUCAUCGGAGCGUUCUUGGCUGACACAUUCUGGGGACGAUACUGGACAAUAGUAAUCUUCAUCUCGGUAUACGUCAUUGGGAUGAUGAUCCUGACUGGUUCAGCUCUUCUUCCACUGCUGAUAGACUUGUCCUACAACCGCGGCAUUCACCGCCUCGCCGCGUACCUGGGCCUCUACCUUGUUGCUCUCGGUAACGGUGGAAUUAAGCCAUGCGUCUGUGCCCUUGGUGCCGAUCAGUUUGACGCGGCUGACCCAGUGGAGCGGCUGACCAAGGGCUCCUUCUUCAACUGGUACUACUUCUCCGUCAACAUCGGCUCCCUGCUGUCCGCGACUGUGGUCGUCUGGGUGCAGGACAACAUUGGAUGGGGAGUCGGGUUUGCGAUCCCGACGGUGCUCAUGCUGUCUGGACUUGCCGUGUUCGUCGGCGGUAGGAAGGUUUACAGGUACCAAAGAGUGGAAGGGAGCCCUCUGACAAGAGUCUCGCAGGUGCUUGUUGCUGCUGUCAGGAACUACCAUUUUGUCUUGCCGGAAGACAGCUCGGCCCUGCAUCAGGUGCCUUCCCCAACUGAAGGAAAUCAUUGCAAGAUCCAGCAUACAAGCCAAUUCAGGUUCCUUGACAAGGCUGCCAUUGUAGCGCCAUCCUCUGGCGACGGCGAGAAAGGAUCGAUAAGCCCAUGGAGACUUUGCACGGUGUCCCAGGUUGAGGAGCUGAAGACGGUGCUCCGGAUGUUCCCCGUGUGGGUGUCGAUGGUGCUCUUCUUCGCGGUCACCGCCCAGAUGUCGUCGACCUUCAUCGAGCAAGGCCAUACCAUGGACAACCACGUCGGGCCGUUCACCGUGCCGCCGGCGUCCCUCGCCAUCUUUGACAUCAUCAGCGUCAUGUUCUGCGUACCCAUCUACGACAGAGUGCUGGUGCCGCUGGCCCGGCGCGCCACGGGCAAGGAGCGAGGCCUGUCACAGCUGCAGCGCCUGGGCGUCGGCCUCGCGCUCUCCGUGGCCGGCAUCGUUUACGCGGCGCUGGUCGAGGCCAGGCGGUUGUCGCUCGCCCACGCAGCGCCGGACACGCAGCCGUCGAUGAGCAUCAUGUGGCAGGCGCCGGCGUUCGCGGUGCUCGGGACGGGGGAGGUGUUCGCGGCCAUCGGCAUCCUUGAGUUCUUCUACGAUCAGUCGCCGGACGGCAUGAAGAGCCUCGGCACGGCCCUUGCGCAGCUCGCCGUCGCGGCAGGCAACUACUUCAACUCUGCCGUGCUCGCCGCCGUUGCGGCCGUCACGACGCGCAACGGGAAACCAGGGUGGAUCCCCGACGACCUGAACAAGGGCCACCUGGACUAUUUCUUCUGGUUGAUGGCUGUUCUUGGCGUGGUGAACCUGCUGCACUUCCUGCAUUGCUCCAUCAGGUACAGAAGCAGCAACAGCAGCAGCACAUACUCUUGA